GGAAAUGGGAGGGGAAAGCAAAAACAAAGACACUUCCUGUUGUUUGGUGGAAAUCAGACCUGAGCUGGAGAAGACGGAGAGGAAGGACAGCAGCCAGGCAGCAGGAAUGUUUCGAUUUUUGAUACCUGGGUGUGUGUGUGUGUGUGCGUGUGUGUGUGUGUGUGUGUGUGUGUGUGUGUGUGUGCGCCCUCCCAUUCACAUGUCUAAUGGGAAAGAGAUUCCAGCUGCUGUUCCAUGAGGGAAAGAGGAGGGAGAGUUUGCAGAGCGGCUCAGAGAGGUUUAGCUGCUGAAGGAAGAGAAGUUACUGAAAGGAGUAAAAUGGGACCAGCUGCCACAUCGUACACAUUCCUGUGUUUAUGUUUUCUGGCUCUUCCAACAGAGAUGAUCGACGCUGCACCAACAGAGGAAUCUGUGGUGGAGGUGAAGAGGACCAGAGGCGACGUUCCUGAUAUCUUUCCAGAACCAGAACCAGAGCCGACCAGCCAAGCGUCAGACUUCGAAAACUCGUACAACUACGUCUUAUCUAGGCUAGCCGGCAUAGACCAGGCCAUCCACAAGCUGAACGUUGGUCAUUACACUCUGGAUGUUAAAGUCAGCCAGCUGAUCGACCGACUCUCCAAGCUGGAUGCUAAAGUUGGAGAUUUGGAGGACAACAUCCAGGAGGUCUACCGACACAGCAAGGACAAUCGCAAGGAGAUUGGGAGACUGGAAGGCUGCCACAAAGGACAAAGACUGGGCUACAAAUGUUACCUGGUGUACAACAACUUAGCCGACUACGCGGGAGCAUCCAGGAAGUGCCUGGAACGUGGCGGACGCUUGGCGAUGCCGCGCGACCGCAAGGAGCAGGAGGCCCUGGCGGCGUACAUCAAGGGCUUCUUCAGCCCGGGGAACUGGCCCGUCUGGCUGGGCGUCAACGACCUGCGCUCCGAGGGGCUCUACCUCUUCGACGACGGCACACGGGUCUCGUACUUCCAGUGGCGUAAGCACUUCCUGUCCAGUCAGCCGGACGGAGGAAAACGAGAAAACUGUGUGGCCAUGUCGUCGGACGACGGGGACUGGUGGGACCACUACUGCGACCGGAUCAUGAACUAUGUCUGCGAGUUUGACGACAGGGUGGCACUUUGAAAUGAACUCUUAAAAACUGUUUGUUUUUUCCCAAUAAUGCCAGUAAUUGAAACCUGAAUGUGUAGCUCUUUAGAAAUAAAAAAAGAAAACAUUUUAUUUAAUCAUUAUCACAUAAGUUAUUGUAGCAUACAACACGGUCUAGUACCAACGCAGAGUUCUAGAGAGACGUUUAUGUACAUUCAUCUUAGGCAUGAAUUUCAUAGUAAUUUUGGAUUUAUGGUAAUCCAUUUGACUGAUUUUCUUGCAACAAGCAAAGGGAGAUUCUUAAAGCAAGAAUCAGACACAUUCUUUUGGUAGACAUCAGCAAGCUUCUGACAUAAUACUUGUGGGUCUUUACCAGCUACACAUGGCCAAAUUGGUACAAUUAAUUUCAAUUAGUUGGUUUCCUGGAAGAAAUCCAGUUUCUGACAUGGUUGAGAAUUUCACAUUAACCUGCUUUAUCCAAGUCAAGUUAAUUUGUUUAGCACAUUUCAUAAAAGUAUAGCACAUUACAAUUUAUCAAAUAUCAUCUACAUCAAGUAUGUUGAUCAAUAUUCCAAUUACUAGCAAUCAAAGGAAACUAAACUAGGUGAGUUUUUAGCCAUGAUAUAAACAAACUCAGUGUUUCGGCAGUUUUGUAGUUUUCUGGAAGUUUGUUCCAGAUUGCAGGAGGCUAAAAACAGAAUAGUGCUUCAGCAACAGAUUUUUAAUGAUCUUUCAUGUAUUUUGGUGUGAAGCCAUUUCCUGAUUUGUAAAAAAACAGAAGUAUUUUAAACUCUCUUCCCGAUUCAAAAAUAUGUUCUGAUGCUAUAAUUUGAUGUCAAGUUGACAAAAGACAUUUGUUUAAGCCAAAGCUUGGAGGUGUUGAGUUUUUUCUGUUUUGAUUGUUUGUGGUCCACAGUAGGGUAAAAAUCUGGAGAAAUUGGGGUUUCAAACAGAUUCGGUCAGAUGGUGCAAACUAGGAAAUAAGGUGUUCCGACAGGGAUAGCUUCCCACAGAAAUAUUAAAACAAAUAUUUUACCCAUCAACAUGAGUCCACAACUCCAGUCCUCAACUGCCCCUGUCCUGAAACUAAUGGAGGCAUUCCUGCUCCAACACACCGGAACCAAAAGACUGAAACUCACUGACAUGUCAGUACAUUUUGCAUUAACUCUUAAUCAUUUGAUUCAGGUGUUUUGGAGCAGAGAUGCAGCUAAAAGUGCAGAACCCUGACUUACACAAAGCAUCAAGCUCAACCCAAGUGAAAAAUUGUGAAGUAUGUGUGACAGGCCAGGGUUGUGCAACAAAACCAUCUAACUGAAAUAAACUGUACAAACCAAGCAAAGAAGAGUGGUCAUAGUGCAACGUAUUGGAACCAAUUACACAAAGUGUACAAUUAUUUCAGCAUUAAAUAAGCAAGUAAGCAUCUAAAUACUUAAUGGUAUCGACUGAAAUGUACUGUAUGUGUCGACGAUGGAGUGAAACACUUUGCUCUGUGUGUUUGUGCUUUAAUCAUUGUUGUUCAUGCAGCUGCAUAAAUAUGACUGUAAGCCAGUUAAAACUGCUGAUUACAUUCAGGGAACUCUAAAUAUUGGAUCAGGAUUUCCAAACAAGGGUAAAAACUGAAAGAUGGAGGAACUUUCUUGGGAAUCAGCACAUACCAAACCCUUUAACGAUCUCCAUCAGUGUGUGCUUGGGCCUUAGGAGGAGUUAAGAAGUAGCAGAAAUGUUUUUAAUAAGGGCUGGUGCUGAGUCCUGCUAAACUGCUGAUUAACCCACAUUCUUUUGUCCGGAGGAGAUUAAGCUUGACUUCUGCACAGUCUGCAAAUAUGACUUUCUCAAAAACAUGACUUAUUUUGUCUACAAAACAAGAAAGUAAAAUGACAGCUUGGGUUUUUAUUUUCCUUGGUACAAGCUUAGAAACAGUAGAUCAGAUUUCAGUGGAAGUAUUCAUCAUAAAUACCAACAGUACAUUUGUUUUUGGAGAUAAGUUGGGUAUUGGAGACAUGCUGAAUGAAAAUGUAUCUACACUACCUAAAUAUUUUUGUUGUUCCUUCCAUAAGAAACAUAAUUAGUUUAAUUAAGCAGGAAGUCGUAGCUUUGUGAUGAUUGAUUAUUCAACAAUAAAGUCAAUCACCUUUACAAACCUA